UCUACCACUUCAUUUCUUCUCUCUCUUUGUUACAAACCAAAGCAGAGAAGAACCCUGAAAAUGGAAUCCUCUAAGAUCUCAGCUCUCCUUCUCAUUUCCAUGCUAUUCAUCUCCUCAGUAACCCCCAUUCUUGGUUGUGGCUCAUGUUCCAAGCCCCCUCCCACGCACAAGCCCCCCAAAGUCAAGCCUCCUAAGGCACAUAUCCCACCCAUUAUCAAGCCUCCAAUCACCCUUCCUCCGAUCGUGAAACCACCCAUAACCCUACCUCCGAUCGUCAAGCCACCCAUAACCCUACCUCCGGUCGUCAAGCCACCCAUUACCCUACCUCCGGUCGUCAAGCCACCCAUAACCCUACCUCCGGUCGUCAAGCCACCCAUUACCCUACCUCCGGUCGUCAAGCCACCCAUAACCCUACCUCCGGUCGUCAAGCCACCCAUAACCCUACCUCCGGUUGUCCUACCACCAAUUGUAAAGCCACCCAUAACCCUACCUCCGGUUGUCCUCCCACCAAUCGUAAAGCCACCCAUUACCCUACCUCCGGUUGUCCUACCACCAAUCGUAAAGCCACCCAUUACCCUACCACCGGUCCUGAACCCACCGGUGACUACGCCACCGGUGACAGGGACGCCUUGCCCGCCGCCACCUGCAGCUCCAACUCCAGCUCCAGCAGCUACAUGCCCAAUUGACACACUUAAGCUUGGAGCUUGUGUGGAUCUUCUUGGUGGGUUGGUGCACAUUGGUCUUGGUGAUCCAGUGGUUAAUGAGUGUUGCCCAGUACUACAAGGACUUGUUGAGCUGGAAGCUGCAGUGUGCUUGUGCACUACUCUCAAGCUCAAGCUUCUCAAUCUUAGCAUCUUUGUCCCAAUUGCUCUUCAGCUUCUUGUCACUUGUGGGAAGACACCACCUCCUGGUUACACCUGCUCUAUCUAGAUCUCAGUUACCUAGGUUCCUAGAUUGAUGGGCGCGUGGAAGAAAUCGACAUGAGAGGAUGUCGAAUCUUCAAUUUCUCUUUUUCUCUCUUCUUUUCUUGAUUGGAACUGCUGAUGUUUGGCUUUAUUGUACACAAAUGAUUUUUAAGAGAUUAUUAAUUCAUGUGUGUGUUGUUGUAAGCAUUUGGAAGAAAUCAAUGAUGCUUUCCUUUAACUCA